CGACCGCGGGCUGCAGAUGCUGCUGACCACGGCCGGAGCCUUCGCCGCUUUCUCGCUCAUGGCCAUCGCCAUCGGCACCGACUACUGGCUCUACUCCAGCGCGCACAUCUGCAACGGCACCAACCUGACCAUGGACGACGGCCCCCAGCCCCGCCGCGUUCGCGGCGACCUCACCCACUCGGGGCUGUGGCGGGUGUGCUGCAUAGAAGGGCUUUACAAAGGGCACUGCUUCCGGAUCAAUCACUUCCCCGAGGACAACGAUUAUGACCAUGACAGCUCCGAGUACCUCCUUCGCAUCGUGCGUGCCUCCAGUGUCUUCCCCAUCCUCAGCACCAUCCUUCUCCUGCUUGGGGGACUCUGCAUCGGUGCUGGGAGGAUCUACAGCCGCAAGAACAACAUUGUCCUCAGUGCCGGCAUCCUCUUUGUGGCUGCAGGCCUCAGCAACAUCAUUGGCAUCAUCGUGUACAUUUCCAGCAACACGGGCGACCCAAGUGACAAGAGAGACGAAGACAAGAAAAACCACUACAGCUACGGCUGGUCGUUCUACUUUGGAGCCCUGUCUUUCAUUGUGGCUGAGACCGUAGGUGUCCUGGCUGUGAACAUUUACAUUGAGAAAAAUAAAGAGUUGAGGUUUAAGACCAAGCGGGAGUUCCUUAAGGCGUCUUCCUCUUCUCCCUACGCCAGGAUGCCAAGCUACAGGUACCGGCGAAGGCGAUCACGCUCCAGCUCCCGCUCCACCGAGGCCUCGCCCUCCAGGGACGCGUCGCCCGUGGGCCUCAAGAUCACAGGGGCCAUCCCCAUGGGCGAGCUGUCCAUGUACACGCUGACCAGGGAGCCCCUCAAGGUGACCACCGCCGCCAGCUACAGCCCCGACCAGGAGGCCAGCUUCCUGCAGGUGCACGACUUUCUGCAGCAGGACCUGAAGGAAGGCUUCCACAUCAGCAUGCUCAACCGGCGGACCACCCCCGUCUGA